AGCAGGUUGUUAUUUAGAAUGCCCAAUGAGGGAGAGUACUGCUGUGGCAAUGAGUGUUGUGAACUCAUAGAAGGAAUAAGCGGCCAGACAUGGAUGUACAUAAGCGGUGGAGUAUCCGUCUUCUUCAUUAUCUUGAUCGUUAUAAUAUGCUGCCUUUGUGUGCGCAUGCGCAAAGUCAGAGAGGCGAAAGAAAACGCAAUGACACACGUCGUCAACCCAGUGCCCGAGGCUCAAAUAGAGACUGGCACAGGUCAAUCCAAAGUGAUAAACACCGUCCAACAGCAAAACCCUAGCGGCACCCCAGCAGAUCAACCAAUGAAAUCCUCCGCAUUAGGAACAAUGGUUCUUGUCAACUACGCGCUGGCGUCGAAACAUGAAAAUGUGACGAAGUAUAAAAGAGGUGGCACUGCUGGCCAAAACAUUGUUUACAAGCACUACCAAUCGUGAAUGUGUUUAUGUGUUGUUGAAAUGAUAUUAUUACACGAAACAUUG